GACCUCCUCGGCAGGGCGCAGGACCCGAACUGCUUCUUUUCCCAGUUUUCGGACUCCGACUUUUCCGGUUUCACAGCUCUGACCGCUGCCAGCUUCUUGGGGAAUCCUCAGUUGGUGGAGCUGCUAUGUCAGGCCAAGGCAGCCUUAGAUGCUCUGGACAUGCGCGGAUUUUCGGCACUGCAGAUUGCCAUCCGCAGAGACCAUGCCGACCUGGUGCAGCUACUGCUCCAGUCUCGCGCAAAUGCGAACCUGAACGGCACGCGAGGAACUGCUCUAUUGGAGGCAGCCGGCCACGGUCGUCUGACUGCUGCGCAACUGCUGCUUGAGGCAGGGGCGGAGAAGGAUCUCGGCGACUCGGAGGGGCGAAGCCCUUUGCUUGAAGCGGCCUCAUCCGGCCAUGGCGAGGUGGUGAAGCUCCUCCUCCAAGCACGAGCGAACGUAGACGAAGGGAAUUGCUGGGGCAACAACUCUGUGCUCGCAGCCGCAUCUUCUGGCAGCCUCGCCAUCCUGCGCACCUUGAUAGCUGCCCGGGCCUGCUUGAACGAAGCAGAUAUCUCGGGUCGGACACCCCUUACUGCUGCCAUUGCCGCAAACCACCUGGAUGCCCUGCAGCUGCUUAUCGAGGGGAGGGCAGACGUGGACGAUAUGUACUAUGGCUGGUCUGACAUACCACUUCAUGCUGCAGCCGCGGCAGGGCAACUGGAGGUGGUACGCUUGCUCCUGCGCGCGCAAGCUGAUGUCAAUGCAUCCCGGAGCGGUGAUCGGAUUCCUCUGAUCUCAGCUGCAGCUCGGGGCUUUCCCGAGGUGGCGCGGCUUCUGCUGGAGGCGGCGGCGGAUCUCCGCCGCACAGCUCGCAAUGGCCAGACAGCGCUGCAGGCCGGGAGUGGCCUUCCAGGAGGUCCUUGUAUGUUACUCUUCAUAUUCAUAUUUGAAUAUUAUAGCUCUAAUGGUUUAGGGUUUAUAAGGUUUAGGGAUUUAUAUGCACUAUGGAUACAUGCCCAUAUUCAUACCUAA